AUGCUCCGACAAGCUCGUCCGAUUCUGCAUCCAGUGAGUCGUAAGGUCAUUCAGGACAGCGUGUUGGAGCGGGCCGACAGGAUGGUCAAGUUCCUCGAGUCCACUGGUGCCAUUGACCCCGUCAAUAUUUACUUGGAUGCGCUUUGGAAUCAGUGA